AUGGACAACCUGCGUGAGACCUUCCUCAGCCUCGAAGAUGGCUUGGGCUCCACCGCCGCCAGCCCUGGCCUGCUGUCGUCCUGGGACUGGAAACCCAGGGCGGGGCCCUUUGAGCUGAACCAGGCCUCCCCCGCUCAGAGCGUCUCUCCGGCUCCGUCGCUGGAGUCUUAUACUUCUUCCCCCUGUCCAGCUGUGGCUGGGCUGCCCUGUGGGCAUGAAGUUGCCAGCAAUGGGGGCAGCGAUGGCUGUAGCGUCCGUGGGACCGGCGGCCUGGUGGAGGUGGACUAUAAUAUGUUAGCUUUCCAGCCUGCUUAUCUGCAGGGCGCUGGUGGCCCCAAAACCCAGAAGGGCACCAAAGUCAGGAUGUCUGUGCAGCGGAGACGGAAGGCCAGCGAGAGGGAGAAGCUCCGGAUGAGGACCUUGGCAGAUGCCCUGCACACCCUCCGGAAUUACCUGCCACCUGUCUACAGCCAGAGGGGCCAGCCACUCACCAAGAUCCAGACGCUGAAGUACACCAUCAAGUACAUCGGGGAGCUCACGGACCUCCUCAACGGUGGGAGGGAGCCCCGGCCCCAGAGCGCCUGA